AUGACGUCUACGCCCGCGCCUCAUUCGCAGCAUCCUCCUAAUUCGAACGACUUCUCCACGCAACAUUCUCAUGGAUCGCAUCUCGAUGCGAAUGGACAAAUGACAUCUACUGGCUAUACCCCCAGCGAUAACCAGCUCGCGGGUCUUGUGGAAGCUGCGACAGCUGCUGCUGGCCAGGAUGUUUCGGAAUGGGCCGCUGCGGCUGCUGCUGCGGCGGCGGCUGGAGCUGCUGGACAUCAUCACCUAGAUGGAUAUGGAGGCGACAUGCAUCUUGAAGAUGACAGCUUUGCCGAUACGAGCUUUGGCGGCCCGCCGCCGACGAUGGGCAGACUGCGACCUUCGGCGUCGACGCCUGCGAUCAGCUCUCACGGAAACAUGUCUGGUCUCUCGAGGACAGUAUCUAAAAAGAGAAAAAGAAACGAAGAUGCUCUUGAUCCGGCGCUGACUGCCUCUGCCUCCAGUAUGAACCUGGCUGGUCAUCAGCACCAAUCGCAGCAUCACAUGGAUGGUGACGGGUUGAACAUUAGAGAACUGCCGCCUCAGCAGUCGCUCUCGGAUGCCCGUGCUGCGGGUGUGCAUUCCGCUGCGGCACUAUUCCGUCAGCCGUCGAGCAAUAAGAAAUACACGCGACCUCCGAUGUCGAAGCUCUUCGCAUCCCUGGAAUUGUCGCCGGAAAACUUCUUACACUUGCAGGCUGCAGCGAAAGCGUAUAUGCUGGAUGACAAUCACCCGGAACGACGGGAUUGUGUCGGUCAGAGAGGAAAGGGUGACACGGAGAUGGUUAAGCUGAAGCUAUGGAACUGUGUGAGGCAUUUCUUGGAAGUUGAAGGACACGGAGAGCGAUUUUUCGGCGAGAACGUCCUCAACGAAGGAAUGGGUCCCAGACAGUAUAUAUGGCCACGGGAUCAGCACAAGAUCAUAUCGUUGGUUAUUCCACUGCUUCGACGGAUGGUUACCAAUGAGAGGCAGCGUCAAUAUGCCAUUGAGACUCGAAAAGGUGGCGGUUCCGAUGAGCGAAGGCGACGAAAGACAGAUGACAAUCUUCAGAAUCUCCACGCUAUCCCAGAGCAGUCUGCGAAUAACCAGCACCCUCAGAUGCAACACCAAUUUUCGCCGCCUGCGCAGACUCCGGCUCCCCCACAGCCACAGCCGCCGAUGCAGUCAACAGGUGAAGACAUGCACCUGGGCCUGACCGACUUGGUGAUGGAGGGAUACCCAACAGACUGGGGUGUGGUCUGUAGAUCGUACGAUAUGUAUAAUUACGACUCACAGCUGGACAAUCUUUGGUCAGUAUCCGGUCUGCAACAGCCGGACUGGCGUGGCCUGGUUGCUGCUGUUGACAGUCAUUAUCAAAUCGUCCACAAUGGCGACCAUAACUGCGGCGGGCCCUGCGAAGAGUACAACGUUAACCGGAUUGUCCAGUCUGAUCCGGUCUCACAUUUGAAUUGGCGAGUAGGUGGGAAUGGAAAUACCCCAGCCAGGAAUGAAUUUGCGAGCAGCAUCACCCGAGACGUUUCUCGUAUCAUCCGCGACAGCCUCGCAUCCCGACGCGAAGGACAGUCUCCUAUUCCACAAGCCCCUCGACAGAGCAGUUCCGCCCAAGACUCGGUCUCCGCCGCCCAAACCCAGUUCUUCCAACAAUUACAACAACAAUCCAACUUCCCACCUCUGCCUACAACAAACACUGGAGGCGCAUCCAACACCAACAACACCACCUCCUCCUCAUCACAACAAUACCCCAUCACCCUCCGCAUUAACAUCCUCCAAAACAACAAACGUAUUCUCCCCCGCUUCGACAUCCCCGCACACCAAUGCCCAGAUCUCGAAACCGCCAAACAACUCAUCGGUCGCCGCUUCGCCGGCCAGCUUCCCGAAACCUCUUCUCAACCAGUUCAAGAUUUUGACGGUAACUGGUCCUCGAAUUCGAAUUCCUUCGCUUCCGGAUGGAAAUUCAAAGUCUGGCUCCCGGAAGGUCUUGUCCCCGUUCAGAAUGAUGGCGAAUGGACCAUCGCUCAACUCUCUGCCGGAACGGUGGACUGGAUGGAUGGCGAUUUGAGAGUCGUUGUGGAUAUAGGUGGUGGUAGUGGUGCAGGUGGAGAGGAGAAGUAG